UAUUCCCCAUACAUCGUGGAACAAAGCCGGCUUCAGAAAAAAAAUAUAUCAAAAAGAUGGCACAACCACUAUUGUUAGAUUCAACAUGGAGAGAUCAACAGAAAUUUGAAAGUGCAGAAGCUGUUUAUCAGUGUAAAAUGGCAGGUACAUCUGUCAAUAAUAAAGAGAAUUCUGGGUCAAGCAAAUUAAUAAAUGAAAUAGCUGAAGCCAGACAACAAAUUCAAAAAGCUUUAUCUUCUGGUGGUGGUUCAGCAUUAUCUUCUGGAGGAGAUGGACAGUUCAGCAACAGAAUGAACACACUAGAAACAGAAAAUAAAGAACUAAAGAAGAUUGUUGAUGAUAUGAAAAAAAUGGUUUCAAAGUUGGAAAGUAGAGUCACAGCCCUUGAAAAAGGUGGAAAUAGUUCAGCAACAGGAUCUAAGCCGGCUCCUGCUCCAGCAGAUGAUGAUGAUGAAGAUGAUUUUGACCUCUUUGGAGACGAUGAUGAAGAAGCACAAGCAGAAGCUGAAAAAAUUAAACAAGAAAGAAUAAAGGCAUAUGCUGAAAAAAAAUCUAAAAAACCUGUUUUAAUAGCUAAAUCAAGUAUUGUAUUAGAUGUUAAACCCUGGGAUGAUGAAACAGAUAUGAAAGAAUUAGAAAAAUGUGUUAGAACUGUAGUAAUGGAUGGCCUUGUAUGGGGAAAUUCAAAACUGGUACCUGUUGGUUAUGGAAUUAAAAAGUUACAGAUUAUGUGUGUGGUAGAAGAUGAUAAAGUGGGAACUGAUGAUUUAGAAGAAGCUAUAACACAUUUUGAAGAUUAUGUACAAAGUGUAGAUGUGUCAUCAUUCAACAAGAUCUAAAUCACCACUACCAUAAUGGAAAAGUGCCAAUAGUGACUUAAAAAAGACAAACACUUAAUAAAUUAUCAGCAAC